GGCUAGUCGGCGUUCCAAAGACCAACCCCAUGGCGCGACCCCUGGGCACGAUCCUCCGCAAGACUAACCUAACCAUGCUUAACCCGUCUCCUGCAGAUCAUCUUGAGCUGCCUGCAGCUUAAAAAUCCGGGCUGAGAAAUUAUUAUUUCGCCAUCUUGACCAAGGUCGAAAUCCCUUUCCCUCCUUUCUAUCUCGCUUGACGACCAACGUCCUUUUUUCGGCACCGAGUCCAUGCUGUUUGCCUCCAUGAAAGAUGCUCAAAAUGCAUGCGAGUCCUGACAAUCCUUGAUCUCGACUGAAGGCAUACAAGCAUGGGCUCUCGGCUCACUUCUGUGCCGAGCCGACCAAGGGAUCUGUGGCAUGUUGGGGUGUCCACCCAUACUAGGUACCUUGUUUACAAAAGUUCGUUCACCCUGAGUCUGCGUGGCUCGACAGAAUCUCCCCUAAACCGGGAGUUUGAAAUGCCACGAGUGACUUGCAACCUACACGGAUAACAUUUCCCUUGGCUUCGUAUUUGACACCGCACCCACCGCACCCACCCACCCAGACAGAUCUCGCCCGGUAAUGAAUUAGCCAAGAGUGGCCUUCUGGAAAAGUAUGUAUACAAAAGCUUGCUCGAUGCUCCCAAGAAAGGGAACCUUUACGGAGUACUACAAAGACGGCACGACACGGACGCUGAACGGUGGUGUCCACUCUACUUGUUCCGAUAAUGCUGGCUUGAGUUUGACAUCGGCGAACGCUGUGUUAUCCCUCUCCUGCCUUGUCUCCGCUGCCUGCGACAGUGCUUCGCAUGAGACGUGCUUUUAUGAUCCCCAACGACGUGAUGUGGUCGGAAUACAUGCGCGUCGAAGUACUUGUCGGGAGAUCAUGGUUUGCAUAGUGGACAUUCGAAACAAGAGAUCAUUGACAUAGUCGGCGAAGAUACAAAGGGACAUUGUGGUAGUAUCUAGCUUCUAUAGCAGACAGCAUCUGGCGUCGGUGCCGAAGAUCCAGUCAUGACCCCGAACGCAUGGGGUAUUCUGAACAGAGAAGAGAUAUCGAGGAGGGAUAUCGUGCAGUUACCAACUCGGAAGGCCGUUGGGGUCGCGCAUGAACCACGCUCAUAUCCACAGAUACAAGAGGAGGGCUGUGACGGAUUUCAGGCGUCCAUUCCGGCAGUGCUUCGUUGACAGUCGUGAUCGGGGAAGGCUUUUGUCAUCGAUGAGUGUGAAAAAAAAAAGGUGCCAAGGUCACUGGGCAGAUUACCGCAGCCGCAGUUUGCGGUAGUAGCGCCAGCGGCACCAGCAGCUUGUGCAUCUAUGACUCAGCCUCAUAGAUGACUUGCCUAAAGGAUCCCAUGGUGACAGUGGCCGUCAUCUUCGACAUAUACUUUGGUGUCAAUUGAAAGAAGGGCGUAUCGCUUCUAGAAAUAGAAUCAGAAGCAAAUCGCUCCGAAGGGUGGUUCUGUUGGAGACAAGGCGUAUUUCAACUUGUGUUCAAACAGUACGGAGUAUCCCGAGCACUUUGAGGUCCUUUUGUGUUGCUCGACCAUUAUUUCUGCCUGAACCACGUGCUUGCGAAGAGUGGCGCUCCC